AGAUUUUUCUUUUUCUAUCUUGUUUUUAUCUAACUUUGUUACUUGCGAUAUUCUUGUAUAUUGUGAACUUUUCCUAAGGAUUAUCUUGUAUUUUAUUAAUUUAUAUCGAGAUAAAUAUAACAAUAGGAUAUGUCACCGUUCAUAACGAAUUGUAAACUGCGCUCGACUCCUCACCGAACAUAUGAUUUUCUGAACGACACCCGCAACAGCGCCAUCUUUACAAGGUUUUUUAUUGGCUGUCCUUCAUGGAUCUAACCUAACCUAACAGAACCCACGAGUGGAUUCUCGAAGAAGCGUCGGUACGCCCGAAUACAAACCUCUUUAGGUUUUUAUUAUUUAAUUGCAAAUAUAUACAUGGAUUAUCUUUUCUGCUUGCUUAAUGUAUUAAGACGAAUAAGUGAAUGUGGGAAUAUUAUUUUAUGAGUAUUUAUAGACAUACUUAAUUAUCCUAACAUUUUUACGUCGAUUUGACCGUCAGUCGUCUAGAGUUAUUUAUAUAUAUUUAUAUAUAAACAUAAAUGCAAUGAGUCGAGACGAUGAGAGAAGUGAUUCAGAAGAUGAACGCGAGAGAUCCAGAAGUCCCUCGCAGGACUCGCAACGUUCUGCCAGUAUUGAAAAUACGGUUAGGAGUAGAUCAAAUUCUCACAGUCCGAAUUCAUCUCCAGCUAGAUCAAAGCCUUCGUCGCCCGCACAAGUGGCAUCACCCGCGUCCUCUACAUCGGCACGUUCCAACGCGAGUUCUAGAAAAUCAUAUUCCAGAUCGCGUUCGCGUUCACCUUCUAGGAGUAGAUCUCCCUCUCCUGCAUCUACGAAGGAACACGGAAGAUUAUCUAGAUCUAGUUCUAAAUCUGGCUGCAGACGAAGUACUUCCAGAUCUCGUUCUAAAUCUCAUUCGGAAGAACGCGUGGACAAUGAAACGAGAAAACCAACGCCGUCUCCUAGUCCGGCACGUUCUGCAAAAUCUUCUUCGAGAUCAAGGAGUCCAUCGCCGACCAAAUCUAAAGAAGGUUCUCUAUCGAGGAAUAAUUCAAGGUGCAGAUCUAAUUCACGUUCGAAAUCGAGGUCAAGGUCUAAUACGCCAAAACCGAGUAAAUGUGCUUCUCCAACGAAUUCUCGGUCUUGUUCGAGAUCUCCAUCGCCCCGAGCAGCUUCUAGAUCACGCUCUCGUUCUGGAUCAAGAAGAUCGCGUUCACAUUCCGGUUCACCAAAGAUACCAUCAAAAUCUCGUUCUCGAUCUCGGUCUCGAUCUCGUUCUAAUUCACCAGAACAUCCGACAAGAUCGAAAUCACGGUCUCUCUCUCGAAGUCCUCAGCAUGCAUCAAGAUCGAAAUCAAAAUCUCAUUCGCCAUUAGGCUCGAAAAAAAGCUCGCCUAGAUUAUCGCCCGAACAUUCGCCUUCGGAUGUUAGAAAAUCACGUUCCAAAUCGAAAUCUCGUUCCGUAGAGAGUUCGAAAAAAGGAUCUCCUUCGUCGAGAAAAAGUUCACAUUCGAGAUCACCGUCGCAUUCGGGCGAUGAAAAAGCUAAAUCGAAAUCAAGAUCUAGAUCCAGAUCCAGAUCUGGUUCUGGAUCUAGGAAACAAUCUCCUGUGGCAUCGCGUAAAGGAUCAUUAUCAAGAUCUCCAAGUCCAGAACAAAAGGUGGUGUCGAGAUCAAAAUCUAGAUCAAGAUCGAAAUCAGGAUCGAGAAAAGCAUCACGAUCGAGGUCUGGAUCAAGAGAACCAUCUAGAUCUCGAUCAAAGUCAGGAUCGAGAAAAGGAUCUCGAUCUAGGUCGAGAUCAAGAUCAGGUUCAGGAUCCAGAAAAGCAUCUCGAUCGAGAUCGAGGUCAGGAUCAAGGAAAGUAUCCCGAUCGAGAUCGAGGUCGGGAUCGAGGAAAAUAUCCCGAUCGAGAUCGAGGUCAGGAUCGAGGAAAGUAUCCCGAUCGAGAUCGAGAUCGAGGUCAGGAUCAAGGAAAGCUUCCCGAUCGAGAUCAAGAUCUGGAUCAAGAAAAAUAUCUCGAUCGAGAUCAAGAUCAGGUUCAAGAAAGGGAUCCCGAUCUAGAUCAAGGUCUGGUUCAAGAAAAUCCGUAUCUAGAUCUAAAUCAAGAUCUAGGUCAAAAUCCAGAUCAUUGUCGGGAUCGAGAAAGGGUUCUCCGUCUCGUGAGGUUUCAAGAAAGAGUUCACACUCUAGAUCAAGAUCAGGUUCCAGAUCUAGUAAAUCAAAAUCUCGUUCACCGUCUGGUUCGAAGGCGUCAAGGUCAAGAUCGCGAUCUGGAUCAAGGAAAUCGGGUUCACGUUCACGAUCAAGAUCAGGCUCUGGAUCAAGAUCACCGUCAAGAUCACGCUCAAGAUCACAUUCUGGUUCACGAUCAAAAUCCAGAUCGAGAUCCCGUUCGCGGUCUGGAUCCGUUGCAAAAUCUGCGGGUAGAUCUCGUUCGAGAUCUGGCACCAGAUCGAGAUCACGAUCAGCUUCGAAAUCGGGUAGAUCGAGAAGUCCGAGUAGAGAGUCGGAAAGUGGUGUAAAAAAGCGAAAAAGAAUACUCUCUGAUUCGGAGGAAGAGAAUGAUGGUGUUAAUAGUUCUAAAAAAGCAGCACGUGAAUUGUCCGAUAGCGAAGACGAAGGAGAUGCAGAUAAAUCACCUAAGAAAAGAAAUGACGACGAUCUGGAAGAGGGUGAAGAACAUGAUGAGAAGAAAGAUGACGAUGAAACUGGUAUCGUACAACAAGAUAAUGAAGAUUCUGAUGAUGGAGUAAUAACAGAGGGAGGAAUGAGCAACAGAUAUUUAGAUGAUUCAAUGUCAGAUUUUGAUCGUAUGUUGGCACGUAAAAAAGAAGAACAAUCACGUAGACGCAAACGCAAAGAUAUUGAUAUAAUUAAUGACAAUGAUGACAUUAUCGCACAAUUGUUGAGCGACAUGAAAGCUGCUUCUGAGGAAGACAGAAAGUUAAAUCAAUUACAUAAGCCAGCUACUAAUAAAAUUGCAAUGUUACCAAAAGUAUUGUCCCAAUUAAAAAAACAUGAUUUGCAAUUAGCAUUUUUAGAACAUAAUGUAUUAGCGGUUUUAACCGACUGGCUUGCUCCGAUGCCGGAUCGAUCGUUACCGUCUUUAAGAAUAAGAGACAGUCUCCUAAAACUUUUGUGGGAGUUUCCAAGAAUUGACCAAGCAUCUUUAAAACAAUCAGGAAUAGGUAAAGCUGUAAUGUAUUUGUACAAGCAUCCAAAAGAAACAAAGGAAAAUAAAGAACGUGCAGGAAAAUUAAUUAACGAAUGGGCUAGACCAAUAUUCAAUUUGUCUGCAGAUUUUAAAGCUUUGACAAAGGAAGAGAGAUUACAGCGAGAUAUAGAACAAACACCUCAAAAAAGACGAAAAACUGAGGAGGAUGGAUCUUCUCAAAAAUCUCAGGAUAUUAAUAAAGCUUUAAAAGGAGAUGCCAAACCUCUGAGACCUGGAGAUCCAGGAUGGGUUGCUAGAGCACGAGUUCCUAGACCAUCUAACAAAGAUUAUGUUGUACGUCCAGAUUGGAAAUCGGACGUUGAUAUAAGUAGAAGUACUAAAAAACAAAUGAAUCGAUUUGAAAGACAUAUGAAAAAUUAUAUGGAUAAUAAAAAAAUGAAAUCUGCAAGGAGAGCAGUAGAUAUUUCCAUAGAAGGACGUAAAAUGUCUUUAUAAUAAUGUAUAUCUUAGGAAAAUGAUAAAAAAAUUUUGCGACAUCGAAAUUAUAUAAUAUCGUGUUGACUCUUGUUAUUUUCUGUAAAAUUAAAUGAAUUUCUGUAUAAAAUGCGAUCUUUAUAAGAAAUAAUAAUAUUAAUGAUAAUAAUGAUGAUGAUGAUGAUGAUGAUGAUGAUGAUGAUGAUGAUAAUGAUGAUGAUGAUGAUGAUAAUGUUGAUAGUGAUGGUGAUGGUGAUGGUGGUGAUGAUGAUGACGAUGACGAUGUACAUUGCAUGAUAAAUAUUUAUGCUGAUACUAAUUGAUAAUUUGAUAAGUGAGAUAACCAAGGAGAUAUUGUAUAUCUGUAAUUCCGCGUGUUAUCUUAAUGAUAUUUCGUGAUUUGAUUAUUUUUAAUGAUAUAUUAUAUAUAUUAGGUUAUAUUAUUUGCCAUUCUUUUUUUUUUUACUACAUGUAUAGUUCAAAUAUAUAUGAAUUUUCAAAUGAAA